AUGUAUCUGGUGCAGAAGAGAAGGGACUUAUUGGCAACAGAACUAAAUGGGAAAUUGCUCCAGAGAGCAAAUUUGAUUCCAACAAAAGUUGUGGACUGUGUGAUGGAAAGAAUCCAAGAUAUCAUGUCAAAAGGGAGUUUAGACUGUAAAAUGGUUUCUCAACAUUUAGCUUGUACUGUCUUGGGAGCUACACUAUUUGGGGAUGCAUUUUUGGGUUGGUCUGAGGCAACUAUUUAUGAAGAGCUUCUCAUGAUGAUUGCUAAAGAUGCUUGCUUUUGGGCCUCAUAUAGUGUUACUCCUAUCUGGAAACAGGGAUUUUGGAGGUACCAAUAUUUAUGUACGAAGUUGAAAUCAUUGACUCAGGACAUAAUCCAACAGUGCAGACAAAAUUACAAGCUAUUUUGCCAAAUGGAUCAAAACCCUCAUCAUGAAACAAGAAAUACAGUUGGUGGAGCUGCAUCUGCUGCAUCACAUUCUGCUAAUGUUGUGACGCCAGAUAACAUAUUCUUACAGGAGUUUGAUGAUCAUGUUAAUGCAAGAGAACCAUGUGGAAAUAUUAUGAGUGUGAUGUUUCAUGGUUAUCUAACUACCGCAGGUCUGAUUGGUAACGUCUUAGCAAGGCUUGCAACAAACCCAGAAAUACAAGAUAAGGUAGCUGUCCUUUCUUUACCUAGUUCUUUAACAUUUUGA